UGUCGGAAUCAAGCAUGGCGGCCGCCGGGGCCGCAGCCACAGACCUAGAGGUGGUUCGAGGCAAGCGUGCCGCCCUCUUCUUCGCUGCUGUGGCCAUAGUGCUGGGGCUGCCCCUCUGGUGGAAGACCACAGAAACCUACCGGGCCCCGUUGCCUUACUCCCAGAUCAGUGGGCUGAAUGCCCUGCAGCUCCGGCUCAUGGUUCCUGUCACUGUCGUGUUUACCCGAGACUCAGUGCCAUUGGACGAUCAGGAGAAGCUUCCCUUCACCGUUGUGCAUGAGAGAGAGAUCCCUCUGAAAUACAAAAUGAAAAUCAAAUGCCGCUUUCAGAAGGCCUAUCGGAGGGCUUUGGACCAUGAGGAAGAGGCCUUGUCAUUGGGCAGUAUGCAAGAGGCAGAAACAAUGUUAGCUGAGCCACAGGAGCAAGCAGAGGGCUCCCUGACUGUGUACGUGAUCUCUGAACACUCCGCACUUCUCCCCCAGGACAUGAUGAGCUACAUUGGGCCUAAGAGGACAGCAGUCGUGAGGGGAAUAUUGCACCGGGAAGCUUUUAACAUCAUUGGCCGCCGCAUAAUCCAAGUAGCCCAGGCCAUGUCUUUAACUGAGGAUGUGCUUGCUGCCGCCCUGGCUGACCACCUUCCAGAGGACAAGUGGAGCUCUGAUAAGAGGCGGCCUCUCAAGUCCAGCUUGGGCUAUGAGAUCACCUUCAGUUUACUCAACCCAGACCCCAAGUCCCACGACGUCCACUGGGACAUCGAGGGAGCUGUCCGACACUAUGUGCAGCCCUUCCUGAACGCCCUCAGUGUUGCUGGCAACUUCUCUGUGGACUCUCAGAUCCUUUACUAUGCAGUGUUGGGGGUAAACCCCCGCUUUGACCCAGCUUCCUCCAGCUACUACCUGGCCGCACAUAGCCUUCCCCAUGUCAUCAAUCCAGUGGAGUCCCGCCUAGGUUCCAGUGCUGCCUCCCUUUACCCUGUGCUCAACUUUCUACUCUAUGUACCUGAGCUUGCCCACUCCCCACUGUACAUUCAGGACAAGGAUGGGGCUCCGGUGGCCACCAACGCCUUCCAUAGUCCCCGCUGGGGUGGCAUUAUGGUGUAUAAUGUGGACCCCAAAGCCUACAAUGUCUCGGAGCUGCCAGUGCGAGUGGAGGUGGACAUGGUGCGAGUGAUGGAGGUGUUCCUGGCUCAGUUGCGGCUGCUCUUCGGGAUUGCUCAGCCCCGGGUGCCUCCAAAAUGCCUGUUUUCCAGGCCUAAGAGUGAAGGGCUGAUGACUUGGGAGCUAGACCGGCUGCUCUGGGCUCGGUCGGUGGAGAACCUGGCCACAGCCACGACCACUCUCACUUCCCUGGCCCAGCUUCUGGGCAAGAUCGGCAACAUUGUCAUUAAGGACGAUGUGGCAUCUGAGGUGUACAGGGCUGUAGCUGCAGUCCAGAAGGCAGCGGAGGAGUUGGCUUCUGGACACCUGGCCUCUGCCUUUGUUGCCAGCCAGGAAGCUGUGACAUCUUCGGAGCGUGCCUUUUUUGAUCCCUCGCUCCUCCACCUUCUCUAUUUUCCUGAUGACCAGAAGUUUGCCAUCUACAUCCCCCUCUUCCUGCCUAUGGCUGUGCCCAUCCUCCUGUCUCUGGUCAAGAUCUUCCUGGAGACUCGCAAGUCCUGGAAAAAGCCUGAGAAGAUAGACUGAGCGGGGCAGCAUCUCAGUAGAAGCCUUCCUUUCUGGCCAGGGUGGGAGGUGUCUGUCUCCAGCCUCCUCUGCUGCCUCUCCAGUAACCAAAGUGUUAUACUCCAAGAUGGGUUCAUCUUUCAUUCUCUUCCCAUUUCUCUGGCUGAGGUGUCCCACCCCCAUCCUUACAAGAUGCAUCAUCUAGGUCUCCUUGAACUUGAAGUCCCUUUGCCUUCGGCGGCAAAGGCUGCUUAUACUUCUGCCCUGUUUCUCACAGUCUUGCACUGAGAGGGAGCAUUAGGAGAAAGCCCUGGGUUGUUUUCUAGCCCCUUGCCUUCCACACUUUUCCCUACCCCUCAGGAAGAGCCCCAGCAAUGCUGUCAUGGAAGGGGCCAGGCACAGGUCACCUUUGGGGCCUUCUGCCUUGCUCUCCUCCCUCCUGACUAGUUAUGCCUGUUAGUACAGCCUGAUGCUGUGUGUGUGCCAGAGGUUCCCUUCACCCUUUCAUAGAGGCAGUAUGGUAUAGUGAGAAAGUUCCAGACUUGGGAUCAGACAUGCUUGAAUUCAAACCCUGGUUUCUGCACUUAUAUGGGGAGCUCUGAAUAAGCUACUUAAUCUCUCUGAGCCUCAGUUUUUUACUUGUUAAAAUAGCACUAAUGAUAACUCCCUUAUAAGGUGGUGGUGAAGAGUAAAUGUGAUAAGCAUUAGAAAGUGUCUGGCAUAUUCUAGGCUCUCAAUAAACAUUGAAUGUGAAUUGGAAUGAUAUGAAGUAUG